UCCACCAAGUCCGUGUAUACGAGAUCGUUGAGCCGAGCACACUAGGGCCGGCGCGGCGGCGGCGGCGGCGGCGGCGGAGAAAAGGCGCGUCGAGCGGGGGGACGGAGGCGCGUCGAGCGGGAGGGAGGAGUGAGUUUUUGGAGCGGGCGGAGAUGCCGCUCUACGACUGCAUGCUGCUGGUGAAGCCGCUGGUGACCAAGGAGGCCAUGGCGGAGCUUGCGGCGCGGGUGGCGCGGCGAGCGUACCAGCGGAACGGCGUCGUCACCGAAGUCAAGUCCUUCGGCUCCAUCAACCUCGCCUACGGCAUCAAGAAGCUCGACGGCCGCCACUUCAAGGGCCAACUUAUGCAACUGACCAUGAUGGUUCCACCUUCCUUCACCCAAGAACUCCACUACCUGAACAAGGAGGACAGGCUGCUCCGCUGGUUGGUGGUGAAGCAUAGAGAUGCAGUGUACGGCGUGGAGUUUAUCAACGAGGACGACAGAAAGCACGAGCUGAGCUACUUCCGCUUCCGUACCAAAGAUGAUAGCAGCGAUGCUGAUGAAUACGACGCUGACAGUGAUGACUAUGAAUAUGAGGUCGACGAGGAAGUAACUGAGUAAGCUCCAUCGAUCGGAUCUCUGCUCCCGCACUGGGCAGGCACACAUUGUUGUCCACCGAAUAUUAUCCACUGCAACAUAGGUGAACAAAGUCACACAUGAACCUGACUUCUGGUUGCUGAAAUGUGAUUUUUUUCCCCUUCCCCCGUUUUACUAGAUCAUGGGUAGCAUGUUGUUUGUAUUACGUUUAUGAUGCGAAUAAUAAGCGCUAGAAGGGAUCAUCUUGCAAAUCUGGCACUU